AAGCCACAAGUACCUUCAGCAGGAGAAACAACGCCAAGUUGUCCCUAGUAGUGGAGCAAAGAGCGAGAUUUCGACGCGAAGACGUCUUGACAAGUCAGGUCCCUUGAGGCAAGUGAUGCGUAAGGAAGAGGAAUUGAAAACACUUGAAUUGGGAUUGCCUACAGUGGAGAUGUUUCGAGCAAAAUUCUGGGAUUUUCAUGCGCAACAGUGCGCAAUGAUACCUCGACUAUACAAAAACAGACUGAUGGACACACUAUUUCUCUACGAGAAACUAAUCCUCGAAGAUGAAAGCCACACCCUCAACUUCAAGCUCUUCUUAAGGCUGACGCUUUAUUCUGAUGUUAGAAUUACUUAG